AACGGCGGUGGCUGAAGCGGGAAGGAGGAUUUGUUUUUUAACUAUUGGAUGGGAUUAGUCGAGUCCGAUGGCAUUUGAGAUAGCUCCUAAAUGUUGAGAUAGUACCUAAAUGUUAAAGUAUUGUUUUCUAAUUACGUAUCAUAUAUGUAUAUAAAGCAAAGCAUCCGCAAAAGUUGGACAAUUUAAGAAAGCUACGCCUGCUAGCUAACGUCAAGCCCAUGUAUGAGUUCUGACUGGGACAUCAACAGGUGGAUAUUCAGUGUAGUAUCUACUCACAAUGGCGUUCAAAGAUUGGCAGCAUCCAUAUGUCAACAUUUUUAAACAUGUUAAAAUUGAAGAGUGGAAAAAAACAACAAAAGAGGGUGAAGUCACAACAUUCACGGAUAAAACUUUGAGAUGCCCAGUGUUCAGGAUCAAUGGUCCUAUUCCUGCCAACAGCUACAUCCUUUUGCCCAAACGCAGUAGCCAGAGCCUUGGGUUGACUGGAAAGUACUUUUACCUGCUUUUCCGACCUACUCCUUCCAAAUAUUUUGUGGUCCACAUUGAUGUUGCUGCAGAGGAGGGCCAGGUGGUCCGUAUCUCAUUUUCAAACAUGUUUAAAGAGUUUAAAUCAACAUCUACAUGGCUCCAGUUUCCAUUCCUUUGUGGGGCAGCAAAGGAUUCAGUGUAUGAAAACACAGCUAAGACUGCUAGACAAGGCUUGAUAGGGCCAGCUCCAACCUCAGUGCGUUGGUCUUGUCUGAUGCUGGAUUUGCAGUCCAUACUCUCUACGUACUUAAACCGCUGCUACAACCACCUUAAGACCAUUAAACUUUGUGCGAAUAUGACUGUGAAAAAUAUGUUCACCAGUGACCUUCUGUUUAAUCCCAGUGUGUCUUUCAGUGAAGCCAGGCUCAUGGGGUUAUCCUCCUCUCGGGGCACAGGUCCUGUUCCCAGGGACAUGGCAUUUCCUGUGCCCAGAGGAAGUUCUUGGCAUGACCUUUACGACCAUAUUAGGUUCCCAUCAGAAGGCACCAAAUUACCAUUUGACUCUAUUCAAAAAGACCACCAAUGGCCACAGACUUGGACGGCGUCAAACCCAAAAUGUCCAAUUGGUGAAAGAUCUCAUUGUGUUUCCCUCAGAAAACCAGUUCAGGAUCAUGUUGCUCUCAUCCAGCAGAUUACCUCCCCCAAACCACAUCCCAGAGAUCAGACUCAUGUGGUUGCUAGCAUUCCCGAGCUUGGUGUGGUAUCUUCUUACGUGGAAGACAACGGGCUUUCUCACAGUCAUGACCUGCAUGAAGAAGAGAUGGUCUGCCCCACUUCACACCACGUUUCAUUAAACCCACCCUGUAACAAUGAAGUUGGAGUUCAUGUAUUUGUGACUAGUGACUGCCUCAGAAAGCACAGCGAGGAGAGUGAAGAGGAGAUUUGCAUAAUUGACAAACAAUCACCAAAAGAACACACGCAACUCGAGAAGCUGCUCCCUGACCCUAUUCUCCAACUUGGACGUGUCAUUGGUUUUGGAGGUGCAACCAACAAACAUGCGCUAUGGACCAAAUCUUGUGACGAAGUGGUGUAUCCGUGCCAUGCAGUUAUUGUCUCCAUGAAUAUCACUUCGAAGAGGCAGAGGUUCUUUAUUGGCCACACUGAUAAGGUGUCUGCAUUAGAUUUCAAUGCCAGCACUACCGUUCUCGCCUCUGCCCAAACUGGUCAACACAGUGUUGUUCGGAUAUGGGAUUACCAAAAAGGAAACUGCCUUGCCUCAAUAAGGAAUCAUGCUCAUUCCCUGUCCGCCCUUAGUUUUUCUUACAGUGGAGGAAUCUUGUGUGGGGUUGGUAAAGAUCGACAUUGUAAAACACUGGUGGUGGUGUGGAGCACUGUGAACGUGCUGAAGGAGAGGAUUGUGACAGUCUUGGCCAAAGGACACUCUGAUGUGGACAUUCACACUAUUAAAGUGGCCUUCUUUGAUGAAACGAGAAUGGUGUCGUGUGGUCGUGACAAUAUCCGUCUAUGGCGAAUGCGCAAUGGCUUACUGCGCUCUUGUCCUGUCAAUCUGGGUGACUACCAUUCACAAGAUUUCACAGAUGUUGCUUUUGAAGAGGGAAUGUCCCCCUGCCAGCAGAUUGAUAAUCGAACUCUAUAUGCAAGCAGUCGGAGUGGCUAUAUAUUUGAGAUUGACUACAGUAGAGUUGUGAUUAAACAUGUUCGAAAACUACAACCUGCACAAGAGCAGCAUAGAGACCACAGAGAAAAGCGGACCUUCAUGACAGGUCCAAGCAUAGCUAUCAACAGCAUUAGUGUGUCCACAUCCUUCUGUGCGACUGGCUCUGAGGAUGGCUUUCUACGGCUAUGGCCCCUUGAUUUUUCCUCUGUUUUUCUGGAAGCUGAGCACGAGGGUCCUGUUAGUUUAGUGUCUGUGUCUUCAGAUGGCCUACAGGUUUUAGCAGCUACAUCCAAUGGGAUCCUAGGAUACUUGGAUGUGAGCAGCCAUGAUUACAAUACUCUGAUGAGGUCUCACACAGACACUGUCUUAGGCUUCAGUUUGGAUGGUGUUCGUAGACAUCUGACAACGGCCUCCUCUGAUGGCACCGUGCGCAUCUGGAAUAUGGAUUCUCUGCAUCAACUGUAUGAUUUUGCAUCUGAGGACUGCCCCUGUUCAGUGGCCUUUCAUCCCUGUGAGCAGGUUUUCUCUUGUGGCUUCAAUUCUGGCAUUAUCAGGAUCUUUGACAUUCCCAAUGCCAAGCUACUGGUGGAGCACAUGCAUUGUAAAGGUGAAGUGGUUGGCCUAGUUUUCUCCCCUAAUGGCGAAUUCAUGUACAGUGCUAGCUCUGAGGGCUUUCUGGCACAAUACCACGCUGUUAAUGAAGACCACUCUGCAGUUAGGGUUGUGUGUAACAUGGUUGCUAAUGGCACCAAGCAUUCCCCAGAUGCUUUGAAAGUGAGCCAAGACAGUCGCUGCCUGGCUUUUGUUGGACCAUCAGAGUACAUUGUCACUAUUCUAGAUGCACGGACUCUAGAGGAGUUGCUCCGUAUAGAUGUAAGCGUUUUGGAUGUGGAGAACGCACUGGAGUCUGCACUGAAAGUCUGCUUUGCUUCAACCUUCACACAUCAUUUGUUGGUUUCCACUUCUGCUAACAAGGUCCUCUGGCUUAGCACUAAAACAGGCCGCGUGCUUCGAGAGGUGUCAAAGGUGGACAAGCAGCAUUGUUCAUCUCUCUCUGUCAGUGAGGACGGCCGGUUUCUCCUGACGGCAGGCCACAGUGCUGUUAAAGUGUGGGAUUACAAUGUGCAGCGGAAAUCACAGACAUUCAUAGGCCACAGCCAGCCCAUCUGCCAGGUGGGCUUCACUCCUGACCAGCACAGUGUAAUUUCUGUGGGAGAUGCCAUAUUCAUUUGGGACUUCCUUGCUGAACCCACAGAAUCUUCAAGUGUUAAGUGUUCACCUUUAAGAUUAACCAAUGACUGUGCAACUCCAAGUCUCUCAGAUGUACAUCAAGUUCAGUUCUCUAACAGCAUGCCUCGACAAGCAGCACCCCUCCCCUCUCUCCCUCCUCAACAGUUGGACAUCAGCAACAUCAUACACGAUGCUGUGGAUUCUCAGAAAAACUGUCCUUAUGUUGGUUCCCAAAUAUGCCAGUCAAAACUGGUAACUAUGUCCAAAUCUCCAGCCUCUUUCCUUAAAGUCACAGAGCUACAGAGUCCCUGCCCUCUCACUUGUCACUUUGGCAGUGGCAACGUAAAAAGACAGUCAGUACGUCCAGAUUGUUACCGGCAUUUUGUUCCACGUUUUAAGAACUCUAUGUUGGAUCAGAAUGCUGUAGUACCCCAACCAGGGGAAGAGGACCUGAAGUUGAAAGCAGUACUUGGUUACAACGGUAAUGGGCGGAGCAACCUUGCAUGGAGCCCUGAUAAAGGAUUAUUUGUCUACUCCUGUGGCAGUAUAGUUGUGGUUGAAUACCUUCACACAGGAACCCAGAAACAUCUCCGAGGACACAACCAGGAGAUUUCUUGUCUUGCCGUGACAGAUGAUGCACAGACUGUAGCGUCAGGAACUGGUGGAACAAAUGGAAUCCAAAGUCAGAUUUGUAUUUGGGACAUCCAGAGCGGAGUGUGUCGCAAAUCCAUCUCCCAUCACAAGGGAGCAGUGCAGUGUCUUGUAUUUUCCAAAGACGAUCGUUUUUUCCUCUCUGUGGGUGAUUUCAGUGACCCGGAGGUGGUGCUGUGGAGUACUAGGACUCUUCAGCUGCUUUCCAGUGUCAGAGUGUCCGGACCUCUUCAUGAUGCUGCCUUUAGUCCCUCAGCAGCGAACCAGUUGGCGUGUGUGGGGAGUAUGGGAGUUUAUUUUUGUCUCAUCCAUGAACGUGCUCCAGAUGUGGAGCUUAAGGUGCAGAGUGUGGAUGCCCCUGUUGAGGUUGGUGCAGUGGAGAUGACAGCACUGACUUAUCACAAUGACACCCGCCUUUUCACUGCAACCAACAAAGGCCAUGUAUGUGUGUGGGAUAUCGGCACACAACGCUGCCUCAUGACGUGGGAGGCAGACAUGGGGGAAAUGGGAGUGCUGCGAUGUCAAGGUAGCCAUCUUUUGACUGGCAGUAACACCCGCUGGCUCCGACUGUGGGAGGUAGGAGCUGUACAAGGCAUGAGGCCUCUUGGAAAAGUCUCCAAUAUGAAACAUAGUGAAACUGCUGUGGUGAUGAAGCAAGAGAUUCUGUUAGAUGGAACCAUAGUCAGCGCAGCCUUUGAUAAUACAAUAGACAUGGGGAUUGUUGGCACCUUGGCAGGGACUUUGUGGUACAUCAACUGGUCAGAAAACAGCAGUAUUCGUCUUGUCAGUGGACACAAGGCUAAGGUGAAUGAUGUGGUCUUUAGUUGUGAUGAGAAGCAUUUUGCAACCUGCUGUGAAGAUGGCAGUGUGAGAGUGUGGGCCACACACAGUUAUGAGCUACUGGUGCAGUUCCAUGUCUUAAACCAGGCCUGCUGUUGCAUCUGUUGGAGCCCAUCUUUCAAUAAAGACAGCUUGUGUGUAGCGGCAGGAUACAGUGAUGGGACAGUGAGGGUUUUCAGACUGGCCUCAUCUGAAAUGGAAAUGAAACUACGUCCGCAUCAUGUGGAGGUCACUGCAGUUCAGUACUCUGCCAAAGGCCAUGUGAUACUUUCAGCUGGAAAGAAUGGUUGUGUAGCAGUCAGUAGCCCGGUGACCGGAGUUACCCUGCGUGUCAUCAGGGACCACAAAGGGGCUGCCAUUACCACCAUUCAAAGUAUACAUAAGCAGGGUCAAAUGUUUGGACUGGAAGGGACCGAGAUGUGGCUGGCUGCGAGUGCUGACAGACGUGUCAGUGUCUGGGUCUCUGAUUGGAUCAGAGACAAAUGUGAACUGUUGGACUGGUUAACAUUUCCUGCUCCAGCUUUUACUGAGGAUGGUAGUCCUCCUCCAAGCCUGGCAGCCUUUUGUCCAUCAGACCCCAGUCUUGUGGUCUACACAGGUUAUGGUGUAGAGAAGGAGUUGUCCUUCUACAGCCUCACUACAAAACAGAUGAUAAAAAAGAUCACCAUGCCGUACUGGGCCACUUGUUUUAGUCUUUCAUCAAAGAGCCAUCAUAUUGCUGUGGGAUCAAAAGAUUGUGUGAUGAAGCUGAUUGAGGUGAGCAGCGGCAGAUUUCAGGACUUUGUGCACGGUGACUCACUGCAGAAAUGUCACUUCUCUCCUUCUGGAGCUUUGCUUUUCACUGUGGCGUUUAAUGAGAUCCUGCUGUGGGAAGUGCACAGCCCUUCAUUAUGAUCCUAUUUAUAGACCUUCAACCUCAGACAUUACUCAUCCAUCGUGUGAUCUGUGUUUUAUCAUAAAUUUUUUAUACACACAUUUUUAUAAUAAUUUUAUCAUCCACUGACUUUUUAUCAGUGGGUGAAGAUUUAGUUGGUAAUUGAGUGAAGGUCUUUACAUUUCUUUAUCAAAAUGAUACAAAUGUAUUAAUAUCAGAUGAGCACAAUUGUUAGGCCCCAGCAUCACAAGUUGGCGAAGGACCUGUUAGAAGCACCGCUGCAUAACAGUACAGUGCACUCCUAGCACUCCAAACACUUAACACCUUUGCCAAGUCUUGCCAGCUGCUUGCAUAUAAAAAUUGUUUGCAAAAAUAGAACAUUAUUAUUAUUAUAUAGUCAAAACAGGGGUGGAGACCAUGUGAAAGUCUUGCCCAUCAGUGACCAGGGACUCUCACCAUACUUGCUUAUUGAAGAUGUAUAAUUUAUUAAAUAAAAAUCUGGAACAU